AUGGGAAACAGGGGAGGCUUCUCGGCGCCGCUGUCGAUAUCGACAUGGUGGUCCUGCUGCUUGCUCUUGUUGUUCCAAGCUGUACUCGGUUAUUCUCAGAACCAGAGUUGCGAUUCUAAUGAUUUGAGUGCCUUGCGGGGCUUCUUAAAGGGCUUGGAUUUUGGUAUCCCGGGGUGGAGCCUCAAUGAGUCUUCCUCCAGUUGCUGCAAUUGGUCUGGCGUCCGCUGUGAUUCGAUUCGUAGCCGGAGAGUGAUCGGGUUGGAUCUUUAUAACAUGAGCUUGAAAGGUUCCAUCUCCGAUUCUUUGGCCGGCUUGGAUCAGCUGAAAAGUUUGAAUCUUUCGAGCAAUCUGCUCCAAGGAUCGGUUCCUCAGAAGUUGUUCCAUCUUCCUCGCCUGGAGCUUCUUGAUCUCAGCUUGAACAACCUCUCCGGAUCGAUUCCUUCUGAUCUGAGUCUCCCAUCGAUUCGGGUUUUCAACAUUUCCGACAAUUCCUUCACCGACAGCCACCCGAUCCUCGCCGGGUCGAGAAAUCUCACCAAGUUUGACGUCAGUGCGAAUGAUUUCUCCGGUGCCAUCAAACCAGGUAUCUGUAACUCCUCAUCUCGAGUUCAAGUCCUUAGCUUUUCGAUAAAUAAGUUCUCCGGCGACUUCCCGGUGGGCUUCGGCAAUUGCCGCUCUCUCGUCGAGCUUUCGCUCGCUAUGAAUAGGAUCACUGGAACUUUGCCUGAUGAUUUGUUCACACUGUCAUCUUUGACUCAAUUGAACCUUCAAGAGAACUCGUUAUCCGGCCCGGUGGGCUUCAAACUUGGUAAUCUUACCAACCUUGUUCAGUUGGAUGUUUCAUCGAAUAGCUUUUGGGGGCCGAUUCCUGAUGUCUUUGAUCGCCUCACAAAACUAGAAUGUUUUUCUGGUUGCAGCAACAAUUUUACCGGUAGUUUACCAGCUUCUUUGUCUAAUUCUUCGAUGCUUAGUGUGCUUAAUUUGAGGAACAACUUUCUCAGAGGAGGGAUCCAUCUCAAUCUCACCGCACUGGCUAGGCUCAGCACCCUUGAUCUUGGCUCCAAUUUGUUUUCUGGCCUUAUCCCUUAUGAUGUCCCUCAGUGUGUUGAAUUGAAAACCAUAAACCUUGCAAGAAACAAUCUUGCUGGUGAAAUCCCCCACAGCUUCCAGAACUUUGUUGCACUAUCUUACCUCUCACUCACCGGAAAUAACUUCUCUAAUAUAUCAUCAGCACUGCAAAUCCUACAGAGUUGCCCCAACCUUACUAGCUUGGUGCUUACUAAGAACUUCCAAGGUGGUGAAAUAAUGCCUUCUGCUGAGAUUGAAGGAUUUGAGAAGAUGGAGGUUCUUGUGAUCGCAAAUUGUCUUCUCUCCGGUUCAAUUCCACCCUGGUUGGCAAACUCGACCAGAUUGAAGGUCUUGGACGUAUCAUGGAACCACUUGGGUGGGAACAUCCCCUCAUGGUUAGGAAAUCUGGAGUAUCUCUUUUACUUGGAUAUUUCAAAUAAUUCACUCACCGGGCAGAUUCCCGAUAGCCUGACAGAAAUGAAGAGCCUCAUAUCUAGCAACGUAACGCAGCAGAGGUUCUCGAUGCCGGAUUUUCCGUUCUACAUCAAACGGAAUUCGACAGGAAAGGGAUUGCAGUAUAAUCAGGUCAGCAGCUUCCCACCAUCAUUUAUUCUGAGUCAUAACAAGCUUGUCGGACCGAUCUUGCCAGGCUUUGGGAACCUUGUGAAGCUGCAUGUGUUGGACCUAAGCUGGAACAAUCUCUCAGGAACCAUACCUGAGGAGUUGGCAGGCAUGUUGAACUUAGAGUCCUUAGGUUUGUCGCAUAAUAAUCUCAGUGGAAGCAUACCAUCCGCUCUGACCAAGCUGAGUUUUCUGUCAAGUUUCAACGUAGCUUACAACAAUUUAGUCGGAAAGAUCCCGAUGGGAGGCCAGUUCUUGACAUUCUCGAGUGAUGAUUUCACAGGGAACCCAGGUCUCUGUGGCAUUCACUUGUCCCCUUGCUUACCCAACACUCCUCCAGAAUCAGUGAGCAGACGAGGGAAGAAUAAAGGUGUUGCUGCAAGCAUGGCACUUGGAAUUGGAUUAGGGACUGUUUUUAUUCUCCCUGUUAUCUACUUAGCUGUGUCAAGCAUUAAUUCUAGAAGACAAGAAGACAAUGCCAAGGUGGUGGCGGAUGCCGAGUGGGUUUUGUCUGUUUCUAUUACGUGA